AUGCCCAAAUGGCAUAUACUGACUGAAAGCACGCUGGUCACGGAAUUACUGAAAAGAUACCUAUAUAAAGUUUUUAAAAUUACAAAAAAAAUGGUCUUUUUGGACAAUAAAAGACCCGCCAAAUUUAAGGAAAGGGAACAGCAGAGAGGCUAUAUAUCAGUGGGUCCGACAGGCGCACUAUAUCGUAGCUCUCAACGAACUAUCGAGAUACUGGAGUUCCUGUGGGCAGAUAAAGUAGCUGGCCCAUAA